AUGGCAAGCGCACUUUGCCAGCUGGAUGAAAAUCUUCUGGCCAAGUUGGAGUCAAGUAAAUGGCAGGAACGCAAAGAAGUUUUAGAACUCAUCAGUAAUCAGUUGAAAGUUUCAAACUUAUCUAGCGGGCUUUGUAGUGUUCUUACAAAGGCAUUGUGUCAAGUAAUCUCAUCAGAUAAGCAUUCAAUGCUAGUUAUUCGUGCCUCUGGUGUCUUAUGUGAAUUAAUUGAAUCAGUUGGUAGUGGUUUCUCAGUUCAUGCAGAACGUGCUCUUUCUACAUGUUUAUUAAAAAUUAAAGAAACAAAAGCGAAUUUAGCUCAAACACUACGUUCUACUACAACUGCUAUCGUGGAUACAAUGCCUUUUGAUAUGGCUUUAUUGCAAUUACAAAAUGCUUUAACUACACCAGUGGCCAAAAUACAAGCUGAAGCAUUACGUCUGCUAACUCAUAUCUUCUGUAAGAGUAAUCCAAAAAAUCAACUUCAACUAUCUCAACGCUUAAAAAUUGUUAAACCUCUUUUAUCUAAUGUUGUUCAAUUCUCUGAACACAGAAGUCCAGAGUGUCGUGAUGCAUGUUUUGAAAUGCUUGCUGCAAUUCGCAUUUUUCUAGAUUUUAGUAGUCAACAAUUCGUCUCUAUCACCGAUAAAAUGUUGGAUGAUACUCGACGUUCUAAGGUGGAUAUUGCCUUCUUACAAUUAAGUGAAAGUAUAUUUUCACGAGAAUAUGUGAAAAAUACAAAUACUAAUUCAGUAUCUAAAUCUAAAAGUCUAUCUGCGAAACAACAAUUGAUCAAUGAUUCUGAUUUUGUUCUUACUCCCAUUAAAUCGUCGGAUAAGACAGCGAAUACGUUUUCUAAGACAGGAAAGCAACCACUACGUGAAAUCUCUAAAAAUCAAAAACAAAGUCAUUUAUCAACUAGUACACCAUUUUCAGAUAUUCAAAAGGUUAAAUCUCGUACACCCAAACAAAAUGACAAAAUAUCUACUCCUGUGUGUACUUUGCCAAAAAUUCCUUCUUCACACAAACGUGAACAGUCGAAACAACCUCCAGUUAUGGGUAAAACAAGAGCUCAAAGUAAAAAAAAAGAAAAAUAUUUACCACGGGAUUUGAAUUUAUCCCCUGAUCAAUUACGAAUUAGGCUUUCUGAAACAUAUUUAGAAAAUAUAUCAUUAGAACAGAUUACUGAUUCUUCUUGGAAAAUUCGUUUACAAUGUACUGAAUGUAUUCAUUCUGUAAUUAAUUCCAAUCCUCCAAAGUAUCCUGAUGUUCAGUACUUACUACAAUUUAUGGUUAAUAGUGGUACUGUAAAAGAUAAUAUUUUCCGUGUUCGUUGUGAAGCCUUAAAUAUUUUGUCAAAAUUAUUAUCAAAAAAUAAAUCUCGAAAUUGGAUUCCUACACAAUUACUAGAAACGCUUUGUGAUCAGUUAUUUACUACAGUCAGUGAUUCAAAAUCAGGUCCUUUAGUUGAACAAACUCUUCGACAUUUAUUGAAUAUUGUAAACUUUUCAGAAAUUGUUGAAUGUAUUAAUACAAGUUUAAGGAAACAUACUUCUCCUUCAGUUCACGCUUCACUUAUUAAAUGGUUGAGUUCAGCAGUAAGAUCACUAGAUGAUUCAAGUUUCGAUCAUUUAUUGCCUAUUGAAAUCGUAAAAUUUGGACUUGCCUCUUCUACAGCUAAUGUACGUAGUGCUGCAGUUGAAUUUGCUGGUGUUAUUUAUUCUCGUUUACGUUCAUCUGUAAAUAUUCGUUCAUUCUUUGCGUCUGAGAAACCAGCAAUGUUACAACGUUUAGAAUCGGAGUUCGCAGUUUAUGACACACUAGAAGAAAGUAAUACAUCACAAUCAAGUCGUAAAAAUGAACAAUCAACUUUCUCUGGAAUGGAAAAUGUAACUCCUGCUGCUGUUGAGGCAUGGUCAAAUAAACAAAAGAGAAUGACAACUGUAAUGGGACCUAUUUCUCCUUCACUUGGACUUGUAAAUGCUCAAGGUGUUCUACAAUUUUCUGAUUCAGAUGAAAGCUCAGUUUUAGAACGAAGUUCGGUACCCUACAGGAAGGGUGUUAUUGAGGCUUUAACUCGACAGCCCCCACAAACUGUGGAUGAUAAAUGUAACCAAACCUGCCAGGUAGCUCAGACGACUAGUUCUCUCACGUAUGAUACUCUUUUCUUUGUCGAGUCGAAUGAUGAAACAAGUUUGUUACAAACUAAAGAAUCACGUUUAGAAAAUCUUAAGAAAUAUAAGGAAAAUAUCAGUAAAGAUGAAUUACGUCAUCUAUUUGAUGAAUGCCAUACUCAUCCAAGUCUGAUGAAACACUUAUUCUCUACAUCUUAUGAAGCUUAUCUAGAAGCUCUUGAUCGAUUGAUUGCCUCAUUUGAUGAUAAUGAUAAAUCCAAAAUACCAUCACCACAUAUUGUAACAUAUGCCCAUUUUGAUUUAAUUGUAAUAUGGAUUGUGGAAUAUUGUUUUGGAUCUUGGUUGAAAGAUAAUAUUCAACAGUCUGAAUAUCAGAAUAUCAAGGCGGUCUUAACUCGAGCAUUUGAAUACUUGACUGCUGUGAUCUCAUUAUUUGCUCAGAAUGACUUAAGAUUAAGUCAACACGAAGUGAAUAUCAUUCUUAUUCCAUUAUUGAAAUGCCAGUUACAAUCUCUCUCUGUAUAUAAAGAUUCAACUAUUUACCGUGCUGCAUCUGAUUUAGUCCAUCUUAUCCGUCAAGUUUAUCCUGCAAGUUUAUUAAUGGAUACACUUGCCAAGUAUAUGCACCAGUGUGACACUGCAAAAAUGCGAGAGAUUUGCCUGAAUGAAUUACUCAGUAUCAUACCACGUUUGCUUGCCGACUCAGAUCCUGGAGUCAAGAAGUCAGCACUGAAUUGUCUGCAUGCAGCUUACAAUUUCCUAGGUCCUUCAUUUUGGCAACAUAUUGGAAAUCUUCCAGAACGAGAUAAAAAGUCGCUUGAACAAUAUCUAUCAUCCGAACCUCAACUUACUUCACCUACCUUAGAUAACUUUGAAGGGUUUGAAACAGAAACACCAUCUAAAUCGUGUGUUAUAAAGAAUGCACAACUAUCUGCAUCUCAUACACGAAGCCUUGUUCGUACUGAUCGACCUGCCAGCCCACCUCCUCUUCAUAUGUCUCCAGCUGAACCUUCCUAUCUAUUGCCACUAAUUACUGCUCGUGACAAUCCCUUUGCAACUGAGUCAGAAAGAAUAUCAGCAUCAAGUCAACUUAACGCAGCUUUAUCUUGCUUAGUUGAUCAGUUAGGUGGUUGUGUGCCUGAUUAUCCUGAUCUGGUUAAGAAUAUUGUCCCAGAUGACAAAGAUUGUAUAGAUGAGAAUGAGGAUCGGUCAUGUUUCAAUAAUGUCGUCCUUGGAGCACUUAUCGAUUUAGAAGUCCUCAUUCGAGAUUCAAAAACAAGAGACUUACUCCCACCCUUUAUGCCUAAGAUCAUUACUCAGUUGACGUUACUUUGCAAUCAUUUGUACCAGUCUGAAGCCAAUGCAGGGCAGGCCAUUUUCUUGGAUUGUUUAAGCGGUGAAUUGAUAUGUAUUUUUACACAACCCUUCUUAUUUCGAGAAGUUACUACUGACAAUUUAAAGUAUUUAUUAGGUAGUUUAAUACAGCUAGCUGAACGAGUACAACUUAAUCGUGAACAAUCGUUAGUAUCUCCAAGUCCUCGUGUUUUGUUUACACUGAAAGUUGUUCGAUUUAUUUAUGCAGCUGUUGAUCCUUCUAUCGCAUUGAGUGUUCUUUUACGCCUGGUUCAUAUUUGUUGUUUCGGUUGUGAUAUUAUAUCAUGUCAUCGAAGCAAAUUAACAGAUUUUGAUGAUGAUAGUCUUACAGAAGCUACAUACUAUUUAGACGAACCCUUCUCCGUAGAAAUGAAACCGGUUUCCUUUACCAAAGUUGCACAUCUUUCACUUGCACAACUUUCAUGCCAAAUUUCAGAAAUCAGAGAUUACAUAAACAAGAUUGAUUGGGCGUUAAUUCUACCUUUACUCGAACCAUUUAUCCCUAAUUCUUCUGGUGUAACAAAAUCUGUGAAAAUACAAAGUCAUCAUUCUAUUCGUGUGAAAAUUUUACAAAAGACAGUUAAGAUUAUUCAAUGUAUGCUAAUUGAAGUAUACGCUUGUAUUGGUCAACAAUUCUUGGAUGAAGUUAAGAAGUAUGAAGAUCGAUAUCCUUCACUGUUGCACAUUGUGGAAAAACUGAAAUCAAUUAUGCUUGAUGCACCCUAUCCACACUGUCGUACUGAAUCAUAUAAGGUAGAGGUGUAG